AUGAUUGCCCUUAUCAAUAAAGGUGCAGGAUCUCGCUCAAGUGGUUUACCACUUCAGAGUAGUUCAUCAUCAUCUUCUUGCUCUAAUACCGCUUUGCAAGGAGUUAAACGGCCAUCUAAUCGUACACCUCAAUCAUCUGGUGUCCAAUUAAAACAACCAACAAAUCUUGAUCCUACCAAAAAUAAACGAUUUUCGAAAAGUUCCGAAGAGGAUUCAGCAUAUGCCGGUUUUGGUAGUUCAUCACCAAUUUCAUCAGCUGAAUCAUCAUCAAUGAGUCUUAAUUCAACAUCAUCAAAGAAUUCAUCCUGUAGUGGUAUCACCACCACCAUAACUCAUCCAAAACCACGAACAUUAUCUACUUUAACAUUUCAACAUACCAAUAAUUCUAAUCAUCGUUUUAGUGGUGGAAUAAUUCAACCACCAUCAAGUCCACAUGUAUGA